GCCAAGCCAAUCCAAGAAUGAUAAUGGCGGUUGUGCAUCAGCUGGUGCAUGUGUCGGGGAUUCCGUGUUUUUGUCCCACAAUAUUGCAUCUGUUCUACCAGUUCUGCAGACGGCAGGAAAGCUGAUCUUAGUUGUAGUUUGGGAAGAUACGUCCUCCUGGUCUUGCCUGGAGCACAAAAGGAAAAGGACAUUCUACUCUCGUAUUCGUCGAUAUGAGGUACGCUCAACUGGUAAUGGGGCCCGCGGGCAGCGGGAAAAGCACCUACUGCAGCACAAUCGCCAAGCACUGCGAGGCCAUAGGUCGAACAGUCCACAUUGUAAACCUGGACCCAGCAGCCGAGUACUUCGACUACAACGUCGCCUUCGACAUCAGAAGUCUCAUCCACGUUGACGACGUCAUGGAAGACGAAGACCUGCGCUUUGGGCCCAACGGUGGGCUCGUGUUCUGCCUCGAAUACCUCGUCGAAAACGUUGACUGGCUCCGCGAACAGCUCGGUGAGGACGUCGAUGACUACUUCCUGUUCGAUUGCCCCGGCCAGAUUGAGCUCUACACUCACCUCGACGUUAUGAAAAAGCUCAUUGAUGUCCUACAAUCGUGGGAUUUUCGCGUGUGCGGAGUGUUCCUGAUCGACUCUCAGUUCAUGGUGGAGACCACGAAGUUCUUUUCCGGCGUGCUGUCUGCCCUCUCUGCGAUGGUCAACUUCGGGACCCCACACGUGAACGUGAUCACAAAGAUGGAUUUGCUUAACAAAGCAGGUAGGAGAAAAAUCAGCCGCUACUUGGAACCAGACAUCCACCUGCUAGUCGAAGACGACAGGCAGUUUGACGAGAAGUAUGGUCGACUCUCCGAGGCAAUCGCCAAAGUGAUCGAAGACUACAGCCUGGUCAAGUUCAUGCCCCUCAACAUCAAGGUGGAAGAGAGCAUUGCCGAUUUAUUGCUCAUGAUCGACAAUGCCAUUCAGUAUGGGGAAGACUUGGAUGUCAAAACGCACGACUUUGAAACAAACGACGACGACGAGCCCGACGUGCCCUACGGACUCCACGAGUGAACAUGGUUUCCGGACAUCUCAGGAAACUGAGAGGCACUAUGUGCCGUUAUGACCAGACCCGGGGUGACUGGGAUGUCCAUGACUUGACCCCCAUGCCCAUGUCGGCUGGAGUUUGGGGAUGCUGAAACUGCAUAAGCCCCACCUCUGGCUAUGCCACUUCCGACGUCAAUAAUUUCUAAAUUAGAAAUUUGAAUUGAACAAAAGUUGAUAGACAGGGAACGAAGCAAAACCUGACCUUAUUGGAAGCUACAUUUAAAGGCUGGCACAUAGUUUUUACAUCUGAUUUCUCCUUCAAUGGCCUCGUGCCUGCAAGCCAAAUCGAAGGACUUUGCUGGGUUCCUUAAAUUUUAAAAAAUUUUAUUUUUGGGGUUUACUUGCCAGACAAGUGAAAGGCAGAUGAAAAGACCAGAUUAAUUUAGGCUAUCCUGGUAUCUUUCACGUGCAAGCAAAAUUUCAUUUAUACAGUACCUAAUAAAUAACUGCUUUCGUUAAA